CUACCACCACCACCAUCACCUCCACCUCUACCUCCACUUUGUACCGUGUUAGCUGCUGCUUGUAAGGUGGACAGUGGACUCGUCCACUCAGUAAAAGUGACAGUAAACGUAGUCAAUGAAACAUUUUAAAGUGGUUUCUCCCCUCUAACUGAACAAGUUAUUACUGCCAAAAUACUAACACUCACACAAAAGGCAGAUAGGUAGAGGAGGAGAAAAUGGCAGAGCCAAAAGGUAAACCCUCCUCACGAAACAUCGAUUUGCAGGUGUUAACUAAGGUCAUCUUCAUACUGACCAGUCUAGCAUGCUUUAUCGGUGGCCAGGUAUUGCAACCACCGUAUUUAAACUUGGCCGAAAGAAAGACUGUAUGGGCGUCAUCCACAUGUGGAGUUGACGGCAACGUUCCUGAAAUGUAUUGUCGUCUGACAGGAGUCACUCCAAUUACCCACGACAAUUUGGUAAUUCAACCCCAUAUCGAAAUCCAGGCUGGACAAUUUUGUGAAUACUGCGAUUCGACCAGUAAAGGAGAGUCACACCCGGCUGAUUAUGCCGUCGAUGGAACCGAAAAUUGGUGGCAAAGUCCACCGUUGUCCAGGGGUAUUGAAUACAAUAAGGUUAACUUCACAGUGGAUCUGGGUCAGGAAUUCCAAGUUUCCUACAUUUGGAUAAAAAUGGCCAAUUCACCACGUCCCGCUGUAUGGAUUCUUGAAAGAUCUACAGACUUUGGCAAAACAUGGUCUCCAUGGCAAUAUUUCACUGGAAGUGACAGCGAAUGCCGUGAAUAUUUCAGAGUCCCAGCAUCUGAAUCACCUAGGCGCAAUAAUGAGGCCAUAUGCACUACAAAGUUCUCAGAUGUUGUUCCUCUUGAAGAUGGAGAAAUUAUUGUUUCUUUAGUUGAUGACCGACCAAGCUCUCUAAAUUUCUCAAGCUCACUUGAUCUGCAAGAGUGGUCAAAAGCUACAAAUGUCAGACUUCGAUUUAUACAAACUAACACAUUGUUGGGUCACUUGAUGGCUGUAAAGAGACAAGACGUCACUGUAACAAGAAGGUACUUUUACAGUAUCCGAGACAUCUCUAUUGGUGGCCGGUGUGUAUGCAAUGGCCAUGCUGAGCGCUGUGAUACAAAAGACCCGAAAAAUCUUGACAUUCAUUAUUGUAGAUGUGAACACAACACUUGUGGUCGGCAGUGUGAGAAAUGUUGUCCUGGCUUUGAACAGAAGAGAUGGAGACCUUUGAAGACAAAUGAACUAUUUACGUGUGAACCCUGUAACUGCCACGAUCACAGCAGCAGGUGUAUCUAUGAUGCUGAAGUUGACAGGAAACGGCUUUCCCUUGAUAUACAUGGAAGAUAUUCAGGUGGAGGUGUUUGUCAAGAUUGCCAGCAUUUCACUGAAGGAACCAACUGUGAAAAAUGUCGUCGAGGGUAUUACCGAGACAGUAACGUUCCAAUAACUUCGAAGCAUGCUUGUAAACGAUGUCAAUGUCGUGGUCAGUUCUCAACAGGAGAUUGUGAUCCCAAUACUGGACAGUGUCUCUGUAAACGGAAAUAUACUGGAAGGAACUGUGACCGAUGUAAUGUCGGCUACCAUAGUUUCCCUGAAUGUAAACCCUGUGAAUGCAACCAGAUUGGUACAGUAAAUCAAGUAUGUCAGAUACCUCGAGGGAACAGAGGACAAAAACAAUGCCCCUGUAAACCCAAUUACACUGGUAUUUACUGUGACUCUUGUCAACAAGGAUAUUUUGGGUUCCCUGAUUGCAAACGCUGUGUAUGUAACAGAAUUGGUUCAAGAGGUAGUCAUUGUGACAAAGAUACAGGUCGGUGCCACUGUCAUCCUGGCUUUGCAGGCCUUUCUUGCAACAACUGUGCAGUUGGCUAUUUUGAUGUGCAUAACAAUUGCAGAUUGUGCAACUGUGAUGUGAAUGGCUGCACCAGAGAAAUUUGUGACCGCAAAUAUGGCCGGUGCAUAUGUAAACCAAAUUUCUCAGGUUCCAGGUGUGACCAGUGCCGAACAGGUUACUACCAGUUCCCUCAAUGCUAUGAGUGUGGCUGCUCACCUGUUGGCUCCAGAGAUUCAAACUGUCGAAACAAUGGACAAUGUAUGUGUAAGAGAAACUUUGCUGGACGUCAAUGCAGUCAGUGUGCUCCGGGAUUUUACCGCUUCCCAGACUGUAUCCCUUGUAAUUGUUCCGAUAGUGGCUCUGAAGGUCAAACAUGUAACCAGGUUACUGGUCGAUGUCUGUGCCGUCGUAAUUUUCAAGGUUUCAAAUGUGACCAAUGUAAAAGGAACUACUAUAAAUAUCCACAGUGUAUAGAACUGAUGUACAAUAAUCAACAGGCUGGCAAUCUUUGUGACUGCAAUCCAGCUGGUGCUGUACAAGUUCCUGGACAACCCCUUGGUGAUUGCGGUCUGUCUAAUAACCAAAGGUGCCGAUGCAAAGAACGAGUUACUGGUGAGAAGUGCAACAUGUGUAAACAAGGUUUUUGGGACCUUGAUAUCCAACAUAAGGAAGGAUGUGCAGAGUGCCAAUGCAACUCUGCUGGAACAACUGGUGGCUUUGACGAUUGUGAUUGGAGAAGUGGUCAGUGUCUGUGUAAACCAUCUGUAACUGGACGUAUGUGUUCCACAUGUUUACGUGGAACCUAUAAUCUCCAACGCAACAACCCAUUUGGAUGUGAUGCCUGUAACUGCAAUAUUGGAGGUUCAAUAAACAUUGGUUGCCGACACAAUAUUGGUCAGUGUAACUGUAAAACAGGAAUUGAAGGAGUGAAAUGUGACCGACCACAAAGAGGUUUCUAUUUCCCAACACUACAUCAACAUAAAUAUGAAUUUGAAGAUGGUUCGCAGUAUGGAGGAGGUAAAGCUAUCUUUGCAUUCAAUGAAGGAGAUUUCCCUGAGUUUUCUUGGAGAGGUUAUGCCAUUAUGUCCAGUAAACAGAGAGAGCUUUUGGUUAACGUAAUGGUGAGGCGACCGAUACUGUGCCGCAUUAUCAUCCGUUACUUCAACAAGCAACGCCAGACAGUCCAUGGUACAGUUUCUGUCAUCAACAAUGAGCAGAAAAUUGACAUCAUGUACAGACCAUCUAAUAAACCAGAAUUAACCAAGUUGUCAGAUUUUGCUAUACCAUUUGUGCUAAAUCCUGGACAAUGGGCCUUGUCUUUUAAAGCAGAUCAAGACAUCCUGUUGGAUUAUUUUGUGCUUAUUCCUCAACAAUAUUAUGAACCAACAGUGUUACAACAUCAAGUAUCUCGACAAUGCAGAAUUCCAAUGGAUAAUGAACCGUGCCAGCAUUACCAAUAUCCUUCUCUGAAGAAUUAUUUUACUGUUAAGGCAGCAGAUAUGUCAGUCAUUGCCAGUACCCUUCCAAAACCAUUGCAACAUUUGUCCAAUGCUACCAUUUUGAGUGAACUUGGUGUUCCCAAAUUACUCCUUAUGCACAGUGAACUUCAGAGCACUUUAAGUUUUAGUGCCCGAGUGAACAACUAUGCAGAUUAUUACCUGAUAAUCAAUUACUUCAACCCAACAGAGGCUCGGCAACAUCCAACCCUUUCCGUCACCAGUUCAGACAAUCAGGUGGGAGAAGUAAAACCCUAUUACUGCCCAUACAGUUCCCUGUGUCGUCAGGUAGUCACCAACUACAGAGACAAAAAGCCAGCUGUGUUCAGGAUCCCCCGCUUCUUAGACUUCCUUAUUACAGGAAAGGACGUUCAUAUUUAUGUUGAAUCAGUAGCUCUAAUUCCAGCACAGGCAUGGACUACACGUUUUCUACAACCCAGACUUAAAUGUGUUCGUGUGAACAAAGCCUGUAGAACUGUGAAACACCAAACAGUUUCCGGUUCUAUCAAGAUUGAAGCAGAGAGUGGAGUAAACAGUCACCAUAGAACCAAUGAACUCCCAGAUGGUAUCAAAGAUACUUCUGCUGGACUUGUUAAACUUGAUGAAAAAAUGCCAACCAUUGAUGUCACUGGAGUUGUUCGCACACCAGACAAAAAUCAUAUAGUUGUUCAUUACUACCAACCAAAAUACCCAGGAUUCCCAGUAGUAGUAAAUGUCCAUUCUCCAGAAUAUGCUUACUCAGGAUCAUUCUAUGCUGAUUAUUGUCCUAGUGAUACUGGUUGUCGAGCAGUUGUUAAACUUGGAGACAGUGGAAAAAGUGAAGUGAACUUCCCAAAUAAUGAAGCUCGCAUCAAAUUCACUGUUACAAAACCUUCGAAGAUGUGGCUUGAUUAUAUUUUGCUUAUUCCUGGUUACCUACACCGACCAGUUGAACAAGAUUUACCCACUGUGGACAUGGCUGAAGAAUUUCUGAAAAAGUGUACAGAUGUUGUACUGUCUUACAAACCAAGCCCCACCUGCAGUAAACAGUUAUUUGCAUUAACAGCAGACUAUAAUAAUGGAACUCUACCCUGUAAAUGCGAUCCCGAUGGCUCUAUGUCUAUUGACUGUGAACGUUUAGGUGGACAGUGCCGUUGUUUGCCUAAUGUCAUCGGAAGAGAUUGUUCUACUUGCAAACAUGGCUUCUAUGGAUUCCCUUCAUGUAAACGUUGUGAAUGCAGUAUUGGACUGUGUCAUCCUGUUACUGGAGACUGUGUCUGUCCGCCACAUGUGACAGGGCGAAAGUGUGAUCGCUGUUUACCAAAUACAUAUGCAUAUGACCCAUAUAUAGGAUGUAAGCAAUGUGGCUGUAAUGACCGCGGUGUUAUGAAUAAUGACCUGAACUGUGACCAAAACACUGGACAGUGCAAAUGCCUAAACAGGUUUGGUGGUCGAACAUGUGACAAGUGUGCCCCAGGUAGCUAUUCCUACCCCCAUUGUGUACCCUGUGCCUGUAAUGCUACUGGAGCUGAAGAUGAUGUAUGUGAUCAAGACACUGGCCAAUGCCUUUGCAAGAAAAAUGUUGAGAAAUCUCGUUGUCUUGGUUGUCUUUCUGGAAGUUUCCAUCUGGAAAAAAAUAACCCAAAUGGCUGCACCACCUGUUUCUGUUUUGGAGUAAUUAGCAGCUGCAGUAAGUCCAACCUUCACUGGAGCCAGGUAUCCACAUUGAGGAACUGGAAUAUCCAAAAUACUAUUGGAGUUAACAUUAUUGCUAGUAGCCACAUCCGAGCCAAAGUGAAUGAACAGGUCUCUAUUCCUAGCGAAGCAAUCUAUUGGUCUGCCCCUUCAGCCUAUCUUGGUAACAAGAUUCCUUCUUAUGGUGGCCGAUUGAGUUACAAGAUUGUUUUCUCAAGUAAACCAGAUGGUGUUGAAACUGUAGGACCUGAUGUUAUCUUGGUGGGCAACAACAUGUCAUUGGCAUACUACAGCAAGAAUCCUCCAGAGAACAACCGGAGACAAGAAUUCAUUGUGGAUCUACGCGAGUAUACCUUCAUGCAUGAAAUCCAUAGCACUCCUGUGCGAAGAGAUCAAUUCAUGAUGGUCUUGGCACAUCUGGAAGGAAUUUACAUCAAAGCAUCCUAUUUGAGUAAAGUACUUGAGAUUAGGUUAAGCAAUGUUCAGCUAGAAGUUGCUACUAAAAAUGGUAAUGGAAAUCUGGCACAUACAGUAGAAAAAUGCCAUUGUCCACCAAGUUACAGAGGUACUUCUUGUGAGAAAUGUGCACCUGGACACUACCGAAGACGGAAAAGUCCAUUCUUUGGUUUGUGUUCUCCAUGUGAAUGCAAUGGACAUACAAAGAAGUGUGACCCAACAACAGGAGAGUGUUUGCUAGCAGUCCAUUGUGAGGAAUGUCCUGUUACCUUAUUUAGCCAUGAUGGGCUGUCAGUGUUCCUCUGUGUAGUGGCUAUGGCAAAAAGCUUUUAUGCCGGCUUUGCCAAAAAUUGUGUUACUAAUUCUCAUGGUGCCACCACUUUCUGCUCGUGUAAGGAGGGGUACAGAGGUGCAAAAUGUGACAAAUGUUCUCCAGGAUACUAUGGAGAUCCACUGAUGGUUGGUGGAUCAUGCCAACCUUGCCAGUGUAGUGAUAACAUCGAUCUCAAUAAUCCUAACAGCUGUGAUAAAAAAACUGGAGAGUGUAGAAACUGCACAAAUAAUUCUGCUGGCAAGAAUUGCGACAUGUGUAAGGAAGGAUGGUUUGGUGAUCCAGUUAUAGCAAAGAACUGUACAAGGUGUACUUGUGAUACCUGUGGUACUUCUAAGUGUGAUGAUACAUUUGGUUUCUGCUACUGCAAACGUAAUGUUGUUGGGAAGAGAUGUAACAGAUGCUUGCCAAAUCAUUAUGGUUUCAAAGACUGCAAUGGCUGCAAGAGUUGUGAUUGUGGUCUUGCUUCUCGUUCCGAUUCAUGUGAUGAUAUGACUGGACAGUGCCGAUGUGAGCCAGGUGCUGGUGGACGUAAGUGUGACCGCUGUCUAGAUGGCUACUGGGAUUAUGGUGCAAACGGUUGUAAACGUUGUUCUUGUGCAAGAAGUGGAGUUUCCCGAACAUGUGACCCUGUAACUGGUGUCUGCCGUUGUAUGGAAGGUUAUGUAGGAAGCUCUUGUAAUCGAUGUGCUAAAGAUUGGGUCAAAAUACCUGGGAAAGGAUGCAGCCAAUGUGAUAAAUGUACCAAGCUCCUCUUAUCAGAUCUCGGUGACUUGCAUAAUAACAUUACAUCAGUGCGACAUCAGUUACAAUUUUUGAGUGUUGGCAUUGCAGCUCGGAAGGAACUGACUAAAAUUAAAAAAGAGUACAAAAAUUUAAGGGAGAAAGUCAACAAGUUGCCAUCAAGGAGAUAUAAAAACUAUGAUGAUGAGAUUGAUGAUCUGAAUCAGAAAGCAAGCUCAUCUCUUUUCAAAGCUAAAAGACUAAAUGAUUCUGCUACCAGUUUACUUGAUGACGGAAAAGAAUUGAAGAAGUUGGCCAAAUUACCAGAAAUGAAAGGUUUAAUGGCUGACAUCAUAAAUAUGAUCAACUAUAUCAGACAGAUCAAUAUAGGUGAAAAACAAGAAACCCUGGAACAGUUGUUGGAAAAAGCUCAUAAACUUAAGAAGGCAAUUAUUGACAGAAACUUCAUGAAACCUCAGCAAAAAUCUGAAAAGGAGUUGGAUGAAGCUAACAAAACUAUGCACAAAGUCAAUCAACUAAUGCAGCCAGUUAUUAAAGAGCAAAAGAAACUCAAUAGAACAAACGAAAAAAUCAAUGAUAUGACAAAGAGACUGAUGGCAAUUGCUAAAGAUAUCAAGAAUAGUAAAAUGAAUUCUGUUACUGCUUUGAGAAUGCUAAAGGCCUUAGAACACAGCAAAGAUUUGGAAUUUGAAGAACAGUUGAAAAAGAAUAUAUCAGAAAUAAAAAAACUCCAAGAUAUGACUCAAGAUAAUCUAACUAAAAUUGAAGAUGUUGUGGAUAAUAUCAAAAAAAAGAAUAAGAUGCUACCAAAACUGCUUUCCAGGCUUGAUGCAGCCAUAAAUCGACUACGUUUUGAUGUGGCAAAUGAACAUGACACCAAAAUUAAGCCAGUGAAAGAUUUGGUUGAGAAAGCUCUUAACCAUUCAGACUCUCUUGUUGAUGCCUUUGACCUUAUACAGAAACAAUACUUCACAUUUAAAAACCAGUCUGAUCCAUCUCUUGAUGCUGCUACAGCAUAUAAGAAAAUAGUUGAUUCCAUUAAUGAAGCACAGAAAGCAGCCAAGAAUGCCCUCAAUAAAAGCACUAUAGCACAGAAAGAGCUAAAAGGAGUAAGUGAGGCAGCAAAGAAAUCCAAAGAUGUGAGCGACAAAAAUUUGAAACAAGCCAAGAAUGUUGACAACUCUCUGAAAAAUUGGGAAAAUGCUAUUGCUGAUGUCAAAAGAAAAGUUGACCAAGUUGAUAAGGGAAAUGAAGAAAUUAGAGAUAAACUUGCUUUAAUCCAGAUCAAACCAUCGGGUCUGAAGAAGAAGGCUGAUGAAAUAUCGAAGCAAGCAGACAAGACAUCAGACACCAGUAACAAGUUAUCUAACAAAGCAGAUGAUAUCAUUGAUGAAAUGAAGAAAUAUAAAGAUUUAGAAAAGGUCAACUUCCAAAAGAUAAAGCAGCAAAUUGAUACCAGUCUUUCUCAAAUUAAUGUGAAAGUGAAGGUAAAUGAUAUCAUUUCCAAAAUAGUCAAUAUGAGCAGUGAAGUGAGAUCUUUGGAGUCCAAGUCUAACAAAGCUCUGGUAGAUUUAAGAAAACUAAGGAUGCAAAUAAAAUCAGCAAGAUCAGCAGCCAAUGCAAUUAUUGUGAGCUUGAAAAUGUUCCCUAACACCACUCUACGUCUACGUAGCCCUUCUGUACCACUCUCUUAUUCCAACAACAAAAUACAAAUGUUUAUCAAUCCAGUAUCUGACAAUGGGUUGUUGGCUUAUAUUGGCAAUCCAUUUGAACCGGCUCCUUUAAAUGAGGAUUUUCUUGCUUUGGAAUUGGUCAAUAACCAUGUUGUAAUGAAAUAUGAUGUGGGAUCUGGCAUAACUACUGUUAAAAACCCAUUAUUUGUUCAACCAAAUGUUUGGCACUAUAUUCAAGCUAAAAGAACUGGUUCAUUGGUUGAACUUCUUGUAUCACAAGGAAACAAAUCAGAAGUUGCAACAAACAAGUCUAAUAGUGCCUUUUCUUUGUUGGAACUCAAUCCUGAAACAACCCACUUUUAUAUUGGAGGUUACCCAUUCAACAUGAAUAAUAAGAUUCCCUCCAGUGUUACCCGAAAUAGAUACCAUGGAGCAAUAGAAGGUUUCAUGUUCAAUGAUUACAUCUUAGGGCUUUGGAACUUUGCUUCUGGAGAAAAUAAUUUUGCAGGAUUCCGCAAUAGAAAAGUAUCUGCAACUACUGUAAACGAUGGUUAUCGCUUUGAUGGGAGAAGUUAUGCCAAACUGAAAGUUCAGCCAAAUUUUGCUUCUAAAUAUGUAAUAUCAAUGGAAUUUAAAACCUCUAAACCAAAUGGCUUGUUGAUGUUGAUGUAUCAUAACAGUGCAACUGAUUUUGCUUCACUUCACCUUGAAGAUGGUCAUCUGGUCUACCAGUAUGAAUUAGGUGGUGGACGUCUUGUUCUCAGAACUAGCAACACUUUUAAUGAUGGAAACUGGCACAGUGUAAAGGUCAACAGAAAAAAACGUGAUGGUUUGAUGGAUUGUGAUUCAGUGCUUUAUACUGGGUUUUCUCCUGGAACUAUGAACAAGCUGUCAGUAAACCAGUUUUAUGUUGGUGGAUAUACAGUACUACCUCCAAAUAUUUUAAAUCAAAAAAAUGUCUCUGAUUACGGUUUUGUUGGUUGCAUCAGAAAUCUACAAAUAGAUUUGAUAUCUGAAGGAUUCAAAGAAAACGAAGAAUUAUACCAGAUGAGUGCUGGCUGCCCAUCUUUAAUUGCACAGUCAGUACGAUUCCCACCAUUUGGAAGCAACUAUGUAUUCAAGUCUUACCAGAUGUUAGGAUCUGUUUUCCAUCUAAUUAUGAAAUUCAGAGUUGGCGUGCAACGAAGCAGUAGCAUCCUAGUACAUGCAUCUAUAGAUGGUGGCACACAAACAUUUACAGUUUUCCUGAAAGAUGGUAAAAUCACAAUAAUGGAUAUCAGUAAAGGUCAAGUAACAAGUGACACAAGUACCAGCUCCAGCUACUCAGAUGAUCAAUGGCAUUACAUUACAGUAUUAUUCAGGAAAAAACACUUGAAACUGAAUAUUGAUGACAAAGAAGAAAUGAAGAUUAAACAAUCCAAUCAAAAUAUCAACAAAAUGGACUUAUAUAUUGGAGGAGUACCACAAAAUGUCAUUAAAAACAAACGAAUUCCUCAGAAUUCUUUCAACGGUUGCAUUGAAGAUGUUAUCAUUAAUGGAAAAUUAUUUGACUUCAGUCAAGCUCAGCUAUCAGUAGGAAUACAGCUUAACUUUUGCUCUCAAAAUAUUCCUAAACCAACAACUUUGGUUCCAACAGAUAAACCAUUCUUUAGCAAUACUCAUUGUGCAUUACCUGAGGUGCCUAAAAAGUCACUUUCUGUCUCUGGCCAAAGGUUUGGCACCACAGGAGACCUCAGUUGGUGGCAUUUUGAAAUACCUAACCAAAGCAAAGUAUCAAACUUCAUUACACUAGAAUUUAAUACCAAAAAGGAAGAUGGCCUGCUACUUUAUGUCUCAGAUAAGAAUCACAAUGACUUCUUAGCUGUUUACCUUGAUAAAGGAUAUGUAGUGUUUGCUUUCAACUGUGGUGGUGGAACAUCCCAAGAGCAGUCUACUUUUAAAUCCAAUGAUGGAUUUUGGCAUAUGCUGUCAAUAAAACUGGAGAAAAAAGAAGCUGCUUUACAAGUUGAUCGAGAACCUCUAAUUCGGUUCACUGGAAAAGGAAAAUCAAAAGAGCUCAAUGUUCAGAAAGAGGUCUAUGUUGGCGGCAUCAAACCACAAACUAAGAAUUUCAUUGAUAAUGUCAAUAUAUCAAGCCAUCAGUUCAUUGGUUGUAUAAAAAGCUUAAAGAUGAACAAAAAACUUAUUUCUGAAACUAACUUUGGUAAGAAGCAAUCUGUGAAACCAUGCUAUGACAAAGAUGAAGAUGGUGUUUUCAUUGGUGCGAGAGGAGGUCAUAUUAAACUUUUGGACAAGUUCUACGUUGGAAAUGAUCUGACAGUUUCCUUUGAAAUACGACCUCGGACUAUUAAUGGUGUUCUUUUCGCUGUUCAUGCUACCAAAGAAUAUUUAGUAAUUGGAAUUAAAAAUGGAAAUGUUUAUGCUACUGCUAAUAAUGAAGGUAAUGAAUUCACUGUCAAAAUAGAUUCAGCACACAAUAUGACCAUUUGUAAUGGCAAAAUGUAUAAGGUUGAAAUGUCAAAGUUUAAGCACUACCUUACUUUAGGUAUGAAUGACUUCAAAAGAGUUGAAGGAUUUGGUAUACAAGGUAUUAGUGAGACAAAGACUAAUGAUCCCCUCUACAUUGGAGGUGUACCAAAUCCUGCUGUCACUCCUGGAGUACAGUCAGCAGAACCUUAUAUUGGAUGUAUCAGAAAUCUAAAGAUCAAUAGUCAGGAGUAUCCAUUACAUGCUGGCACACCCAAUGGAGAUGUUCAAUUGGGUUCAUGUCCCACUAUCUAGAAUGGCCUAGCCAGUGAAAAACCACCUGAUUCUAACUCAUCAAGCAUUUUCAUUUUCCAGUGAAAUGCUUCUAACUUUGUUAUUAUGGAAUAUCCAAACGGGCUUCAUUUACAGAUUUCUUUAUUUACAGAGUUGGUUCUAGUUUAUUUUACGUGACAAUGAUGUGCUUAUGUAUUAUAGUAAUAAACAAAUUAAAAUAAGAAACAUGAAAA